AGUGCUGUCCUAUAUCGGUCGGUCAUUGCGCAGGAAGGGGAGGAUCAGGACGUACCCAGCCGACUGACAUCCACCAAAAUGGACAAUGCCACAGAGGAAACCAACACCAAUGGAACAGCUGAUGUCUCGGACUCUCCAGAGGCCGACCAAGACACGCCAGAAUCCAGCGGACUGCCAGAACCAACCCUCCCGCCCAAACCGUUUGAACCUGUCUUCACAGUUAAGGUGACGGACGCAGCCAAGGAUGGGGAAGUGGUGAAGUACACCUUGAAGACCACAAAAAUCAAGUCUGACAGUGAGGAGUACAAGGUGGUGCGGCUGUAUGAGGACUUCGAGUGGCUGGAACAUUGCCUCAUCACACAGAACAACAUCGGAGGCAUCAUUGUACCCCCACUGCCUCCCAAACCCUCUACAACAGCCCAGAGUGCAGAGGCAAGGUCAAAAAAGCAGCUGGGCAACAAGAAAAGACAUGGAUCAGAUGAUGAUGAAGGUAAUGACAUUAAGCUGGUGGUGGGGGAUGAGUUUGAGAAAGACUGCAGAAGUCUGGAGAAGUACUUACAUCUGGUAGUUACCCACCCUAUCCUGGGUCAGGAUGAAUCCAUCACCAAGUUCCUGACAGUGAGGGAGGCUCCUACAAGAGCCAAGUUGAAGAAGAGCAUCUUCAGUAAUCUAUCUAAGGCUGUGGGUGAGGCAAGAAAAGGGGGACACAAGGAUGUUAACGAGUUUUUCCAGAAGGAAAGAGACACAGUUAAUGAGGUUUCUGUACAAAUGAAGGAAGCAAAAGAGAAUUUUAUGAAGAUUGUCUAUGGCGAACAGAGGGUAGCUGUUGGGCUGUCCCAUCUGUCCACAGCUCUGCACUUAGGAGGACAACUACAAGAGGGCGCUGAUGUAGUAGUCAACAAACUUUUCACACAGUUUUCAGAAGGUUUAGAAGAUGCAAAGCAAGGUUUGGAGGUGAUGGCAGUAAAUGAUGAGAACACCUUAGGGUUCUCCUUAGACCUUUACUCACGAUACCUGGAAGCAGAAAAGGAAAUGCUGUACAGGAGAACGUGUAAGAUGAUGGAAUUUGAGGCAGCCUCUAAAGCUGUGGAGAAGGCCAAGCCACAGAAGAGAGAAAUGGCAGUGGCAGCAAGGGACAAAGCUGAGAAGGAGUUUGAAGACAUCUCCAAGGCGGCAGAGAAAGAAUUGAAGAACUUCCACCAUCAGCGGGUCCUGACAUUCCAGGACAGUCUGGUCCGACACGCCGACGCCAAGGUCAAGGCCGCCCGAGACACAUACGCGCUUCUCACCAAGUGUGUCACAGCACUCAAAACACUGGACACCAGCUUUAAACCACUGUAAGGCUUCAACAGGGAACUCCACAGUAGCAACAUACAGCUCACCCCUAUGCAGUCCAAUUCUAGGAAAAACAUGUGAUACAAAAACAAGACUAUAGAGUAGAUAUUGCCCGACAAUUGAAUCGACCAUCCUGGAAAAUUGCCACUGAAAACGUCACCAGUGCUUUGGUCUGUAAAAUAGGAGGGAAAUGUGAUUUGACAGAUGUAGAUGUGGGUGCCAGACAUCGUACAAUGCAGCUUUAGUGUGCACUGAGCAUCACAGAAUUACAUGUACAUGUAGUAUGUAAAAAUAUAGGAAGGGUACAGACAAGUCCUGUACUUAUCAAGGGUUAGAAGAACUGUUUCUUGAACCCAUCUUGAACAGAAUUCUCAAGUGCUCUAGCACUAUCAUUGAUAAAUAAGUUGUCAUUUGGGUAAUUUGUCCUGUGUAAGAGAAGCCAUUUGCCCUGUCCAAGCUUUUUUCGCCAGGGAGUAUGUUUGCAUGUAGUGCCUUCAGGAUUGGCUAUGGUUCUUAGUUUUGUCAUGAGAGCUGAGCUCAGAAAAACAACCACACAGUAGCAAAACACAAUGGAAUACGAUUGUAACAUCAACUUCAAUGUGAAUUGAUAAGUGUUGUGCAGAAUGAAGACUUGUGUAUAGCUGAAUGAGUUAACUAGUUUAAGCUGCCCUUCUUGAGCUCAUUCGUAAUGGAACAAAGUCAUGUACAAAGUAAUCUUUCAUGUCCGUAAAAAAUAAAUUUGCCAUUUGAAAACUUAACAAUUAUUGAAAACAACCUGUACAUGUCCCCUUAGUGUAAUGUGCUCUGUUGGAAAAACAAGAUAAGAAGACCACUUGUCGUUAAUCAGUGAAAAGUUGAAGUCUGGGCCAGAAUGUAGUUAAAGACAAGGUGCAAUCGUAAAAGACAUUUGAUAUACAAAAUGUAUAUGAAUAGAAUGGCUGCAAUGGCAGCUGUUAAAAGUUUUGUGCUAAAAUAUCCUAAUUGUUAAAAGUUAUUUGUGAAUGCAUUCCUUAUGUUAGGUGCUAACAGUUGUUAGAUCCAUGCUUUGUAAAAAUGUGAUGGCUUUAUAAUGUUCAAAUUAUGGACAGCUGUAUGCCUGAUGAUGAUGAUGACAUGACUCUACAAUGAAGCUAAGCUGGCAUGGCUUUAAAAUGGCAGAAAAACAGUGCAAAUUUAUAUCAUGGCAACCCAGCAAAUGGUGGCGUUGGAAGAGACAAUAGAAUAAGAAAAAGUCGAAAGUUUCUGAAAUUGCAUAUUGCCAGUUGGGGUCAUUGUUAAUCCAGCUUUGAGGCUUUUUCAAAAUGUCUUGUAAUUCCAGACAAUGUGACUCUACAGAUAGUUGGCAAUUUUGAAUGAUGCAUAAUCUUGAAUGAUGCAUAAUCUUGUCCAACCCUCAAUGAUUGUAAUCAGUGGGUAAUGUAUAUGUAAUGUCUAGCAGGUCCAACACAUCCAUGUGUAGCUCAUAGGUUGUUCAUUCAGUUACAGUAAUUUUCUUCUAUCUUUCAGAGGAUUUAUUUUUAGUUGGGGUAAUUUUUUUCAUUACUUGAAAAAGCCUCUCUAUAAACCCCAGUAAAUACAAACAUAUCUACAUGUCACUACUGACUACAUGUUCUGAUAUCUCGGUUAUCGUAAUUGACCAAUCAUUCAUCAUUGGUCUUUCUACUAGGUUGUAAGAAUGAAUUCUUUAGACAAGAGGGUGAUUCCAGGUCUUAAUUUAAAUGUUGCACCCGUAAAUGUAGCUCUGCACAUUGCUUUAAAAGCAAUUUGUGAAAUCUUUCAUUAUGAUUUAACAUAAAAAGUACAUAAAUGUGCAUCCAUGUGUACAUAAACAUUGUCAGCAAAUGGUACUGAAAUAAAAGUAAGCUUGGUGAUAAGUCUGAAGAUAGCCAUAGAAGGAAAGUCCAAUGACAAUGGCUUUAAAAAAAAGUCUUAUACAAGCUCUGAAUAAAACUACACCUUUACCUUGGAAGUAGACUAGGUAAAGUGAAUGUGAUAGUGUUCCAUGUCACCAUGUACCAUUUUGCUUGAUACUGUGUAGAGGAUACGUGAGCUGGAGAAACAAUCAUUUUUUUGCAAACUUUAUUACAAUGAGGUGAGUACAACAGUCUUCUCCAGCUACUUAUUGUCAUACUGAUGACUAAAAUGAUUAUUAUAAUUAUGAAUGGCUCUUGCUUGAAGUAAUACAAAGAUUAUCAGAACAAGUUUUAUGACUUUUAUUAUAGCUGUAAUAAAGAAUUACAAUGAUGAAUAUGGCAUCCGUAUCGCCAAGAAAA